UUUUAGUACAUUUGACGCACUCGUCGGAUUACUUUCGUUUUGUUCUGGAAAUGUUAAAUAACUAAAUAUUAAUUUAUUGUAAUAAUUUAUAAAAAAACGAAAUUUUUCAAUUGAAGUAUUAAAAAUUGUGCGUGUAUUUUUACUUUUGAGACUGAAAAUUAAAAUGGGAAAAAUUGUAUUUAAUUUUUUGUGUAUUCUUGUUUUAUUUUGUAAUUUUUAUGCUGCGAUUGCGCACGAAAAUUUAAAUGUCAAAAUAAAUGACCUCGGUCGAAUUAAAGGCUCUCUUAAAACAACGAGAUUGGGUAAAAAAAUUUUUUCCUUCCGCGGUGUGAGAUAUGCUGAACCACCGACUGGAAAACUUCGCUUUCAGCCACCUGUGCCUGUAAAACCAUGGAAUGAUGUCUUCGACGCCUCUAAAGAGGGUCCAGCAUGCCCUCAGUUUAAUUAUACAAUUAUGUCGGAGGACUGUCUUCGACUAAAUGUAUACACAACCAAGCUACCAACUGAAAAUGACAAAGUGAAAAGACCAGUUAUUGUUUUUAUUCAUCCAGGAGGAUUUUUCUCUUAUUCUGGUCAAAGCGACCAAUUUGGACCCGAAUAUUUGCUAGAUCGAGAUGUUGUCUUGGUUACCAUUAAUUAUCGAAUUGGCUCAUUAGGAUUUUUGAGUGCCGAUCAUCCGAGAUUGCUCGGAAAUAUGGGACUUAAGGAUCAAGUGACUGCACUUCGUUGGAUUAAAAAGAAUAUUAAUGUCUUUGGUGGAGAUCCAAAUUCGGUGACAAUUACCGGAUACAGUGCAGGAUCAUGGAGUGUAACAAUGCAUUUGGUGUCACCAAUGUCCCGAGGAUUGUUUCACAGAGCAAUUUCAAUGAGCGGUGCUGUCACUUAUCAAAAAUUAUUGGGCACCAAUCAAAAAGACAUGGCCAUCAAGCAAGCGGAAUAUUUCAAUUGUUCCACAAAUUCAGUUGAUGAAAUUGUCGAUUGUCUGCAAACGAUACCAGCUCAAGAUAUUGCAGAUUCAAUGCCCACAUUAUUUUUCGAAUGGUACGGAGAUCCGGUUCUGAAAUGGACCCCGGUUGUAGAACCGGAAGUAAAUGGCGUUGAAAGAUUUCUUACAGAGGAACCAGUGAAUUCUAUAAGGGAAGGAAGAGUUGCCCCAGUUCCCGUUAUUGGGGGUGUUGAUAAAGAUGAAUUCGCAGGAGUAAUUGUGUUUCCAAUUGAAUUUGCCCGAGCAGGAAAUUCGACUUUUCUGGAUCAAUGGAAUUCCGAUUGGAAUCACAUUGCUCCGAUUAGUUUUCAAUUCGAGAGAAAUACAUCAAGGACUCAAUGCAUUAGUGAUGAAUUUAAAAGAUUUUAUAUUAAUAAUCACGUGACUUUGGACAAUAUUGGAGGAAUAGGAGAACUUUAUUCCGAUGCUCUCAUCAUAUUUUCCGAGCAUCGAUUCAUUAAUUUAUUAUCCGCGUCGUCGAGACAUCCGGUUUAUUAUUAUCAUUUCACCUAUCAAGGAAGAUACAGUCAUGUUGUAUGGAACGACACUAAAAAACCCUUUGGUGUUUCACAUCAUGAUGAAUUAAUGUACAUAUUUUAUAUGUCGAAAUUUCCAAAAUUCGUCGAAGGCGAUCCAGAAAUAUUGAUGGUGGAAAAGAUGACGGCGAUUUUUGAAAAUUUUGCCAAAACUGGUGAACCAAUUCCCAAGGACAAUUCAUUAUUUGAGAAUGUGUCUUGGAAAAAAUUCACACCACAGCAAAAACGUUAUUUAGAAAUUAAUAAUAGUUCUAUGAUUAUGAAAAAUGGAGUCAUCUAUCCUGAAAGAAUGAAAUUGUGGGACAGACUAUUUCCAUUGCCACCGAGUCGUAAACAUUCUCACAACCGCAAGCAUUGAAUGAUAAUAUAAAAAAAAUUUGUAUUUUCAAAAAUAAAUAAUGUUUGCUUAAUUGUA